UAAAAUAAAAGAUUCGUAGCGAAGGUCAUCUAGCAGAACAAUCGGAGCAAACCAAAUAAAAGCAUUAAACAAAGGGCGACACUUUCGCAAACAACACACAAACACAAAGAUAGAAUAGAGUCUUCACCUGAGACGCAUAUAAUGAUAUAAGUGUUGGCGGACAGACGCGGCUAAUUUAAUUGUGAUCCAAUUGACUUGCAGGACUUGCUUCUUGUGUGCCACGUAAAAGCUGAAGGUCAGCAAGGUGUCGGCCUACGAAAGCAUGGACUUGCAGCAUAUGGAGAACGGCGGUGGCCUUGGCGGCGGCGGAGGGGGCCUCAGCGAGAUCGACUUUCAGCGUCUGGCGCAGAUAAUCGCCACCAGCAUUCUGAAAGUCCAACAAAAUGUAUCAACUAUGCAGCGCAUGGUUAGUCAGCUGAACACCCCACAGGAUUCACCGGAGUUAAAGAAACAGCUGCACCAACUUAUGACCUACACCAACCAACUGGUAAACGAUACCAACAAUCAAAUCAAUGAGGUGGACAAGUGCAAGGAGCGGCACCUGAAAAUCCAGCGCGAUCGGCUGGUGGACGAGUUUACAGCGGCACUGACCUCCUUCCAGGCCGUUCAACGGAAGACGGCGGACAUUGAAAAGAGUGCCUUGCGGCAGGCGAGAGGAGACAACUACAACAUUGCCCGUCCGCCCGGCUCCUCGCGCACUGGCACUGGCAGCUCCAACAGCAGCGCCAGCCAGGAUAACGGUUCCUUUUUCGAGGAUAAUUUCUUCAAUCGAAAAUCCAAUCAACAACAGCAGCAGACACAAAUUCAGGAGCAAGCCGACCUGCAGGCGCUGGAGGAGCAGGAGCAGGUCAUCCGGGAGUUGGAGAACAAUAUUGUGGGUGUCAACGAGAUCUAUAAGAAACUGGGUGCCUUGGUCUACGAACAGGGCCUGACGGUGGACUCCAUCGAGUCGCAGGUGGAGCAAACCAGCAUUUUCGUCUCACAGGGAACGGAGAAUCUCCGCAAGGCGAGUUCUUAUAGGAACAAAGUUCGCAAGAAGAAGCUGAUAAUGGUGGGAAUACUGAGCGCCGUUUUGCUGGCCAUCAUCUUGAUACUCGUCUUUCAGUUAAAGAAUUAGAGCGAAUGAAUGCCAAUGCGAAUUAUUCAAAAUCAAACUAGAUAAUUGUUGUGAAAAGACAAGUGUUGCCGCAAGCAGUCCUCCUUAACCAUCCCCACCCCGGCCCCCUUUUUCGGACCUUAGACGCAUUUGUGGCUUGCAAGUUUAAACCUUAAAUCAAAUUCCACUAUUGGCUAGAGAUCGGGAAACUCAAAAGACCAGCUGCAUGGCACGUAUUAAGAAGUAUUCACGCUGCGCUGCAUGUGCGCAUAUGGUUUAUUCGCUUUAAAAUUGUAUCUUAUUCUUAUAUUUUAUAUUUCUGUACUUUAAUAUUUACGCACCCUGUAUAUUGAUAUAUUGAUUAACAAAAAUGUUGGCUGCAGAUUCCAAUUA